AGGAGAGACGAGCGCCUGCGCCGCCAUCUUAGUUCGUCGCCGGCGGGGGAGGACGCGGCGGCCGCCGGAGCGAAGGGGGUCGCCCGCCCGUCCUUCCGUCCUUCCGUCCGUCUCGCUCGUUCUCCCGACUCCUCGACGUGCGCGGUCGGCCCGGGGGCGCCGUCGGGGCCCCCCUUGAGGCGCCGAGAUGCGGCUGCUGGCCCCGGCCUGCCUCCUGGCGGCGCUGCUCUGCGGCGGCCUCCGCGCUGCCCGAGUUAACAAGCACAAACCGUGGAUUGAAACCACCUACCAUGGCAUUGUUACCGAAAACGACAACACGGUGCUCCUGGACCCUCCCUUAAUAGCAUUGGAUAAAGAUUCGCCGCUUCGGUUUGCAGUCUUUCCUGAAGACUUGGGUUUAUCUUUUCUCCCUUUAGAGAGUUUUGAGGUGACCCUCACCAAGGAAGGUGAAAUUUGUGGAUUUAAAAUUCACGGCCAAAAUGUCCCCUUUGAAGCGGUGGUGGUGGAUAAGUCCACCGGGGAGGGGACGAUCCGAUCCAAAGAAAAACUGGACUGCGAACUGCAGAAGGAAUAUACCUUCACCAUCCAGGCCUACGAUUGUGGAACAGGACCGGAUCGAGCCAAUAUGAAGAAGUCCCACAAAGCCACCGUGCACAUCCAGGUAAACGACGUCAACGAGUACGCCCCCGUCUUCAAGGAGAAGUCCUACAAAGCGACGGCGAUCGAGGGGAAGCGGUACGACAACAUCCUAAAGGUGGAAGCGCUGGAUGCCGACUGCUCCCCACAGUUCAGCCAGAUCUGCAGUUACGAGAUUGUCACUCCGGAGGUUCCCUUCGCAAUCGACAAAGACGGUUACAUUAAGAACACGGAGAAGCUGAGCUUCAGCAAGGAGCACCAGUACAAGCUCACCGUCACGGCCUACGACUGUGGGAAGAAGCGGGCUGCCGAGGACGUGCUGGUGAAGAUCAGCAUUAAACCCACCUGCAAACCAGGCUGGCAGGGCUGGAGCAAAAGAAUGGAAUACGAACCCGGAACGGGAGCCCUCUCCCUCUUCCCCAACAUCCAUCUGGAGACCUGCGACGAGCCCAUCACUUCCGUCCAGGCCACAGUCGAGCUGGAGACCAACCACAUCGGGAAAGGCUGCGACCGGGACACCUACUCGGAGAAGUCCCUUCACAGGCUCUGCGGCGCUUCCUCUGACACUGCGGAGCUGCUCCCGUCCCCAAGCAACGCGGCCAACUGGACCAUCAACCUCCCGACCGACAACGGCCACGAGAGUGACCAGGUCUUCGAGUUCAACGGCACUCAAGCCGUGAAGGUGCCGGAUAGCGUGGUCACCAUCAGCCUGAAAGAGCCUUUUGUGAUUUCCGUCUGGAUGAGGCACGGCCCCGGGGCCAAGGAGAAAGAGACCAUCCUCUGCAAUUCGGACAAGACAGACAUGAGCCGUCACCGUUAUUCCCUCUACGUGCACAACUGCCGGUUGGUCUUCCUCUUCCGCCAGGAUCCCUCCGAGGGGCAGAGUUACAAGCCGGCCGAAUUCCACUGGAGGCUUAACCAGGUUUGUGAUCAGGAAUGGCACCACUACAUCCUAAAUGUAGAGUUUCCUGCGGCCACGCUCUACGUCGACGGCGUUUCCUUCGAUCCCUUCCCGGUGACUGAGGAUUAUCCUCUCCAUCCCUCCAAGAUAGAAUCGCAGCUAGUAGUUGGAGCUUGCUGGCAAGAAUAUACGGGAAAUGAGAAUGACACCGACCAAGCGACCGAGAACCCUACAGGUGGCGACCAGCGGAUGGCUCAGUUCUUCCGUGGCAACCUGGCCGGCUUGACCAUCCGCUCGGGCAAACUGGAAAGCAAGAAGGUGAUCGAUUGUCUGUAUACCUGCAAGGAAGGCCUGGACUUGCCCACCACGGACGGCACCGCAAAGGGCCUUAAGAUCCACAUGAACCCCAGCCGGUCAGCCCUGAGUUUAGAAGGGGACGACCUCGAACGGUUCGACAAGACCAUGCAACGCCUCUCGUACGUGAACUCGCGCCAGUUCCCCACACCCGGCAUCCGGCGGAUCAAAAUCACGAGCACGGUGAAGUGUGCCGACAACGAAGCCUGCAUCGCCAUUCCACUCGUGGAGGGCUACAUAAUGGUCUUGCAACCCGAAGAACCCAAAAUCAGCCUGAGUGGCAUCAACCACUUUGCCCGUUCGGCUUCGGAAUUUGAGAGCCCCGAGGGUGUGUCUCUCUUCCCCGAGCUUCGGAUCAUCAGCACCAUCACGCGGGAGGUGGAGCCCGAAGGAGAGGGGGAGGAAGACCCUACAGUCCAAGAAUCCUUGGUGUCGGAAGAAAUCAUGCAUAAUUUGGAUACCUGUGAGGUCUCGGUCUUGGGGGAAGAACUGAACAGGGACCAAGAGAGCCUGGAGGUCGACCUGGUACGGCUGCAGCAGAAAGGAAUGGAAAUGAGCACCUCAAGCCUUGGACUCAUCCUUACUGGGGUGGACACCAUGGCCAGCUACGAGGAAGUUUUGCACUUGAUCCGGUACCGUAACUGGCAUGCCGUCUCACUCUUUGACCGGAAGUUCAAGCUGGUGUGCUCGGAGCUCAACGGACGCUACGUUAGCAAUGAAUUUAAGGUGGAAGUGAACGUCAUCCACACCGCUAACGUCAUGGAACAUGCCAGCCAUAUAGCUGCCCAGCAGCCCCAAUUUGUGCAACCUGUCCAUCAUUCCUUCGUUGACCUCUCUGGCCAUAACCUCGCCAACCCUCACCCAGGGUUUUCUGUGGUUCCCAGUACCGCCACGGUGGUGAUCGUGGUGUGCGUCAGCUUCCUGGUUUUCAUGAUCAUCCUCGGAGUCUUCCGGAUCCGAGCGGCCCAUCAGCGGACAAUGCGGGACCAGGACUCCGGGAAGGAGAAUGAGAUGGAUUGGGACGACUCUGCCUUGACCAUCACGGUUAACCCCAUGGAGACCUACGAGGACCAGCACAGCAGCGAGGAGGAAGAGGAGGAGGAGGAAGAGGAAAGCGAAGACGGGGGCGAGGAGGACGACAUCACCAGCGCCGAAUCGGAGAGCAGCGAGGAGGAGGAGGAAGGGGGCGAGCAGGAGGAGGACCCCCAGCACGUCAACCGGCAGCAGCAGCUGGAAUGGGAUGACUCGACCCUGCCCUACUGAGCCCCACAAGCUCCCAGCUCCCCUCGUCGGUUUUACUUUUCGUUUCGUUCUCUUCGCUCCGGAGAACGCCAGGACAAACCACUUCCCUUCCUUUCAGGGGUGCCAGGAGCCAGACAGUCUCCCUGGCCCCAUUAGAGUUGGCCAGUCUCCCUUCCCCUCCCACCCUCUCCCUCCCCUUCGUGUGUCGGACAUAAUCCUUUCCCAAAAUCCCUGCCUGUAGAAAUGUAGCUAGCACUUUCUCCCUUUUUUUUGAUUAAUUUGCAGGGCCUUGCCUUGUGCUUUCUGGGCCCCAGUCAUCUCCCUCCCAUGGGCCUCAGUCAUCCCGGCUGCCCCCUUUUUUUGCGAGUGACGUUCCCGCCAGCGUCCACGUAUAACCGGGGUGGCUCUUAAAAGCAGCCGCAGUUUUUCGGCUCGCAAGAAGGGAGGCUGCUUUAAUGAACCGCAGGGAAAGGCGUGUCUUUUCUCAACGCUUCUAAAACGUGCCCGGAUCUAAUGGCUUCUUCCCCUCUCCUUGGUUUUUCCUCCACUUUUAAGACUUUAACUUUUUUUAAAAAAAAUUAUUUCUAUUAUUUUAUAUGGGGAUGUCCUCUUCCUCCCCCACUUCGCACCUCUUUUUUCUGGGGUGAAAGCAAGGGGGGGGGGGAAAAAGCCAACCCUGUUACUCGUUUUGUCGACUGAGAGCUAACCCUAUUUUUAUUAUUAUUGUUUAGUCUUUUUCUUUUUUUAAAAAAAAAAAGAAAAAAAAUCUUGGUUUGAUUUUAGCUGAUUUUCAGUUGUCUCGAGUCCUCCUUCCAAACUCUUCCCUCUCUUUUUUUUUUUUCUCCCCUCCCUCUUUCCUUCCCGAACUCCUAGUGCAUGUGUAAAAUGGCAGAAAUGGGGAAUCAAUAUUUAGGAGAUUUAACCAAGACUUUUUAAUAUUUUGUAAAUACGUCGGAACUAUGUAAUUAUGUCACUUGUGGUAGUGAAAAACAUGGCUGGGCUAGGGAGGGAGGGGAGGGGAGGGGAGGGGAAGAUGACCGCGCGGAGGUUUUAAAAAAAAAAAAGACGAAGAAAUCACGCAGCAUGGCAUAGCGAUUUCAGGUUUCCCCCCCCCCCCCAGAAUUCCUAAGGCAAAAAACUUAGGGACAAGUUUUUAAAAGUAGUGCAGAGAAUGAAUGAAACAACCACCGGAGCCAACGGACUCGACUGCGAUUUCAAACGAGGUCUGUGGAUGGGGUUUCCCUCCCUUUUUUAAAAAAAUAAAAGAAAUACAUCUUUCAUUCCUGAAAGGAGGGGGAAAAAAAGAAUGAAUGAAAAGGUGGUUUUUCCUCUCGGCCGCCUUCGGAUCUGACUCCGCUGGUUAUCCUACGUGGCUUAACAGCUUCUAUUGUUGUCGUCGUCGCGCCAGGAGGAGCCCUUUAAACGUGGUUCUCUCCGGGUUUACACUAACAACUUUUCUCAGGAGUUGAGCCCAAACCAGGUUAAGAUCCGGAAAGCGGCACGGUUCAAAUUCACCUCAGCUUCCUGAGGGAUGUUUCUGUACUGGCGCCAUUCCUCGUUUUCUGUUUUGUUUUUUUCUUUAAAACACUCCCGUUCAUUCCUGUAGCUACUACAACACUAACUUGAGAUGUGGGUGUCUCUUAUCUCUGGCUUAUUUUUUAUUAUUAUUAUUUUUAUUGAGGGAGGAGGGGGGGGCGGAAGAAGGGGAGGGUCUUUGCAUACCUUGACUGGAUGAGGGGGGGGCUCUUCCUUCCCCCCCCCCCUCCUCAAAGCGAUCGCAUCAACAUUCCAGAUGACGUUGAAGAGAGUGGUCCAAGACAGGGGUCUCCAACCUUGGCAACUUUCAAGACUUGUGGACUUCAACUCCCAGAAUCCCCCAGCCAGCAAAGCUGUCAAGUCAGCAAAGCAAAGCUGGCUGAGGAAUUCUGGGAGUUGAAGUCCACAAGUCUUGAAAGUUGCCAAGGUUGGAGACCCCUGGUCCGAGAGAUUGGAAAAAAAAAACAAAAAAACCAGACCUAGCGUUUCAUAAAACCUUGCCUGGAUGAUUUAGUGCCAGAAGCGGAAAGAUAUUCCCCAAAGCGGGUUUGGUUUGUGGCCAAAGUUGCAAAGCCUCGUUUCUAAUCAUGCACAGAAAAACACACAUACACACACGGCUUCUCUCCAGGUACAUGGUCGAUCUGCCCCCAAAACUGGCAAAAGCACAAAAAAAUAAAAAAGCGAGAAGGAUUUCAGCUGCAAAAGUAUUGAAGUUCUUUUUUUCUUUUUUUUAAUUUUUAACAGCAGGAAGCAAGGCUCAAAAAAGGAAAGGAAGAGAGAGAGAGAGUUCGUGGCAGAAAUAUUCGGACACAGGUAGAAUUCUCCCUUUAGGAUCUGGCCGUCCCACUGGUGAAAAUUGAGGUCCCUGUUGGACGUUGGGGUGCUUGAAUUACACAGAAACACACACACACACACUAACUGCCAAGCCAGGGAGUGUAUAGGGUUUCCUUUGGGGGCCAGUGUGAUCUCCGCAGCAGUGCCUUUGGCAACGGGACAGCUCUGAAAGCCGAAUGCAGUUUCACACACACCCCUCCUCAAAUCAUCACCACCCAUUUUGCAAAAGAAAAAGAAAAAAAAAGGACAGGGGAAAAUACAAAACCCGGUUGAUUGAUUAACCAGGCAAGGGAAACUGGUUUGGAAAAUUUCCACACACACACUGGGAACACUCUUUAACUUGUGUCUGAAUUUGUCCUGUGUUUUUGUUGUCACCGUGUAGAAAAGGAAAAAACAAACAAACAAACCCCAACCUUAAGCCUUUUUCUCCAUGAUCCCGUCCGUCUCUGUUUAGCAACUGUAUUUUAGAGACUGUGAACCUAAUCAUGUCCACUUCGCGUCCCCCCCCACCACACACUUCCUACCCAAGCUAAUAUGGAAAGGCUGUAAUUUUUUUUUUCUCCCUCUGAUGCAUUUUGUAGCCAUCAUGGGUCUAACAUUUCAGAUGUGUAUAUUGGUAAAUAGGUCACGUUUGGAAAAGUCUGAGCUACAAUAAAUUUCUGGUUCUAAAAA